AUGAAGAAAAAGGGAAGCCAAAGUGCGUCAGUGGAGAAAAAAAACCCACAACAAGGAUUCUUACAGAGCCCUGAAAUGGAUUUUUUUUUUUUUGCGGAUUCGCUCUCGCCACAGAAAACCUGUAAGUUUAUAGGAGUCUACACGAGCCAUUUUCUGCCACAGGAAUGGGACAAUAAUGGCGGACGGCCUUCUUCAGAAAGCUUGGGGCGGUUUUUUCCACAGCUUUCGCGGGCAGGAAUCCAGAGCACGUUGGUAGCGCUCGCAAGCUUAGUCAUUUACCAAAUCCGUUCCCCUAUUUGUGAAAAAACCAAUACUUCAUUUGAGAAGAAUCAGCACAACCUAUGCCCGCACACCCCGUUUUGGAGCCAGAGAGGGGCCAGGGAAAUUGGAAUCAGCCUGUGGAAGGGUUCUGGUCCCUUCGCUGGCGUCCAGAAGCCGGCCUCACCCUGCCCGAUCGGCCUGUGCGCAUUAAAAGCCUCAACGUAA